UCUCCCAUUCAGUUAAACUCCAUCCUUCGAAUGGAAGAGAUCCUCUCGGCGCGUGUAUCUCACGCUUGUAUUUGAAAAAUUUUUAUAAUUUAACCGCGAAAAUUUUAAGAAGUGAUUUAUUAAAAUUUUCUAAACUUCCACUUUAAAAAAAAAAAUCUAUCGUGUCAAAUUUUUUUUUUUUUUAAUCUUUUAGAUUGAAUUUGUGAAACUUGUUGAUUACGUGUAUCGCGCAAGUGUAAUGAUUAUUAUUGUUUAUCAGUGAUAGAAAAAAAAAAAUUUUCGAAUUAUGAAAUAUUAAUCUUUGGGAAUUAAGUGUGAGAUUUACAUUACCGAUUAAACUGACCGAUUAAUUAUAUCAUGAAAAUGAAUGCCUCAGUGUAUGCAACUUCCUGUCCAACGUUACAAUCCAAUUUGUCAUUGCACAGUUCAUAUUACAGUGAAUACAGCAAUUCAACCCGAAGAAGAUUAUCAUCAACAGGUGAAGCGGAUACAUCAGCCACAUCAAGUUAUGAGGGCAGCGAUAGUUCAGAAAAUAGCGAUGAAAAUCGUCUCGAGCCAGUUUCACAAAUUGAACGCGAACAAGUUGAAACAUUUUUCCGUGGACUAAAGUCACAGGUAUUCGUUUGUGAAUCAUUGGCAAACUUAUAUCUUGGAAAUGCAACACAACCGGAAGGAUGGUCAUUACGUUUCACGGGAAUACCAGUUGUUGUAUUAGAUUUAGGAGAGACUAGAUCUCGUUCCAAGAGGAGAAUUCAAAUACUUUUAGCUGAACGAGGGACAUGUUUUACUUUAUGGAAAGAAACCAUUGACAAUCUCACGUCAUACAAGGUGUCGGGACCAGCAUUCCACACAAUGUGUCUUUCAUCGGAUCACACGAGACUUGCUGGUUUUAGUUUUGAUAAUCCAAAAGCAGCAAGUGAUCUCUGGCAGCAUAUAGAACGUCUUGUGGCAUGUCCAGAAAAUAUCAGCUUGUCAGUGCCGGGCAAGAAGAAAAAGAAGAAAGUAACACAAAAAAAGGUGGUACUACCAGCAAAGAGUAAUAUCAGUCAACCAUGUCAAUUUCAGCACGUGACCAGCGUUGAUUUAACUGAUAGGUCACGAUAUUUUUCCCUCCAAACAUUGGUGCCACCACCAAACGAACUCGAUGUUUCUACUCACGAGCAGAGUUUUUGAAUAUUCAAAAAAAAAAAAAAAAAAAUUUUACUGAAAUUCCAA